ACCUUCUAAAAAUUUGUCUUGCUACUUUAUUGAUUUUUUACAUUAAAUAAAUAUGUUUGUUUUAUUUUCAUUGCUACUACAAAACUAUGUUCAAUCAACAGCAAAAUCGAAAUAAUUUAUGAAAAUUUGAUAUAAAAAUGGUUCUAAGUCAUCACCUUACACGUUUUAAGUUAAAAUAUUUAUUAGCUGUGACAAUUAUUAUUUGUCUUAAUUUUAUUGUUAUCAUCUUUAUAAGAAAAUAUUUAAAUUAAACUUCGUUAUUAUCAAUAUCAACUACAACAACUUCGAUAUCUUCGACAAGUAUUACUCGUUUUUUAUCGAAAACUUCUACAAAUUCUACUCACCUUCUAUUGGUAUCUUCGAUGAUUAGUUGUUGUCCAUUCACAGUAUCAAACAUUCAAUCUUUUUAUGAACAUGAAUAUUCUCAAUUAAAUUUACCUCAACGAAUAUCAAAUUCAUCAUAUCAAAAUAUUCUUCAUCAACUUCAUUCUCUUCGCUUGAUUGUCGUAUCAUGUGCUCGUAUAUAACGUUGAAUCAAAUAUUAAAAACUAUAGAUCUCAUAUUGAACUAAUUCUUGAUCUUUUUCAUUCAUCAUCUCGUAUUCUUAUUUGUGAAAGUGAUUCAAAUGAUAAAACUCUCGAAAAACUUAAUGAAUGGUCUCGUGCACAAGUUUAUACAUAUGGUAAUAUGUUAAAAACAUAUUCAGAACGUACUGAUCGUCUUGCUUUUUGUCGUAAUAAACUACUUAACAAAGCACAUGAUUUAAAAGCUGAUUAUAUCUUAGUUACUGAUUUAGAUACAUUUUCUACAACAGUUUCUUCUUUUCUUUCUAAUUUUCGAUAUAAUAUAGAUGAUUGGUCAGUAAUGACAGCAUAA